AAACCAUUCUACCUUUCUAAAACAAAAAAGGAAAAGUCACGGCUAUGUGAGGAUUUAUUUCCCCGUUUUUCCAGAGUUACCUGACCUGCCAUAUCCACGCCCAUUUCCACACCUGGGCAGAAGACGUGUAGUAUUUGUUUUAUCGGAGACAGGUCUCCCUUCAGCUGACGUAUAAACGCUUCUCCACGAUUACAAUGCUCGGAAAACACAUCUUAAUCGCUUUUAUCGUCCAAAUCUGUAUUUCCGGGAUAGACAACAAAGAAGACUUCAAUGGGUUUAGAUCAACACUGUCCAAGUACUCCAUUGUUAAACCACAGUUGAUCAACAACAGAUGGACAAGAAGCAUUAAUAAGACCUCCCAAACAAGCCAGACACACGGAGAGAAAAUAUCAUACACACUGAAGAUCAACAAUAGGGAGCAUUUUCUUCAUCUGGAAAAGAACAGAGGCUUUUUACACCCAAAUUUUGUCCAGUAUUCACGGGAUGCCAAUGGCAACUACAAUACCUCAUAUCCAAGACAACAUGUGCACUGCUACUACCACGGAAGCGUGGAAGGAUAUCCAAAUUCAGUAGUAGCAUUGAGCACAUGCUCUGGCCUCAGGGGUGUGAUCCUCCUUGAAAACGAGACAUUUGGACUUGAGCCUGUUCCAGGAUCCACCACUAAUGAGCAUGUUCUCUACCGCCUGAAGGACUCUCAUUCUGAGCAGGUCACCUGCGGGGUCAUUGGUGAGGCAACGCCGACGCCCAGCUAUGAGGCCUUUGAGCCCGGCCAGUCCAUGACUUCUCUCCUAAGGAGAAAACGCAAUCUACCUCAGACCAGUUAUAUAGAGUUGGUGCUGGUUGUCGAUAACCUCAGGUAUAUUUACAAGAAAAAAAAUGAUACAGCAGUCCGAGAGGAGAUGGUGCAAAUGGCAAAUCUACUGGAUGGGUACUACAAGCCGCUGAAUAUCCGAGUCGUGCUUGUGGGUCUGGAAGUUUUUAAGGACAGCAAUCCUUUCAGUGUGGAAGGCUCUGCUGGAGAGGUGCUGGGACGUUUUGUUCAAUGGAGAAAGAAUACUCUGUUACCAAAAAUCAGACACGACAUUGGUCAGCUCAUUGUUGGCCGGGGAAACUCAUACAGCGGGGGUGUUUUGGGUAUGGCCUUUGUCGGCACCGUCUGCUCUGUAGCAAGCUCUGGAGGAAUUAACGUGUUCAGCGAAGACAAGUUGAAUUUUGUCUCCACUGUGGUGGCCCAUGAGAUGGGCCAUAACCUGGGCAUGAAUCAUGACUCCAGUGGCUGCAACUGUGAUGGAGGGAGCUGCAUCAUGUCAGGAGGUGCCAGUGGUUCUGUAAAGUUCAGCGAAUGCAGCGCACGGGAUUUCGAGUCACUGAUUUUCCGUGGGGGAGGCGUGUGUCUUAGAAAUCAACCCUCGCCAUCAGACGUAAUUGGGGUCGCUGAAUGUGGCAACGGCCGCCUGGACAUGGGAGAAGAGUGUGACUGUGGCCCACCAGAGGAAUGUAAGAACAAGUGCUGUGAUGCUGCCACCUGUAAGCUGACAUCUGGUUCCUAUUGUGCUGAUGGAGAUUGCUGUGACAACUGUCAGAUCAAAGUGGCUGGAACGCGCUGCAGAAAGUCUGCCGACGCCUGUGAUCUUCCUGAGUAUUGUGACGGCAAAACCGGAUUCUGCCCUGAAGACUUCUAUAUCAUGGAUGGGCUGCCUUGCCAAAACAAUGCCGCCUAUUGCUACGAAGGACGCUGCCAGACAUAUAAUUACCAGUGUUCAUAUCUGUUUGGAUCAGGUGCAAGACAGGCAGCGGAUAUUUGCUUUGAAUAUGAAAAUACGAAGGGAAACGUGUUUGGGAACUGUGGGAUCACCAGCAAUGGAAAUUACAUCAAGUGUACUGUGGAGAAUGCCAAGUGUGGAAAGGUGCAGUGCACAAACGUGGAUUUGAAUAACCACCCUGAUGGUGCCCAAAUCAGUAUCCAAAUAGUUGAAGGAUCCACAUGUGUGAAUGCAGACUUUAACCUUGGAACCGAUGUACUUGAUCCAGCUUACGUUAACCCUGGAAGUCCUUGUGACAAAGGAAAGACCUGCAUCGAUUUCAAGUGUGUAAAUGCAUCGGUUCUGCUGCCAAACUUGGACUGUGAUGCUAAGACCACCUGCAAUGGACAAGGAGUGUGUAAUGAUCAGGGACACUGCCACUGUAACAACGGUUGGGCUCCACCCAACUGCGACAAAUCAGGGAGAGGUGGCAGCAUUGACAGUGGUCCUGCUAUGAUUGAUUACUCGCUCAGGAAUGGCCUAUUGAUCUUCUUCCUGCUGAUUGUCCCUCUUCUCAUCGCUGCCAUUCUGGUGCUGCUCUACGUGUUCAAAAGGGAUUCUCUAGACAUCUGUUUGAAAAGAAAUCCAAAAUCACGCAAUACAGGAAAUAGAAAUGCAAAUGCACCAACGAACGGCAACGUUCAAACAAAUGUGACAAUUCAGCCUCCAGGACAAGUUCCACCUCCAAGGCCUCCAGCUCCAUCAGGGACCUCUGCUCCAGCUUCAGGUUACAGAUAUGGAGAGCUGGAUUACUGGAACCAAGAUACAAACCGCGCCCCUGCACGGCCUUCACCUCCAGUUCAAGGCCCUGGAAUGCCAAGACCAAUCCCAACUUGAUGCUUGUUUUAUGUUGGGAUUUUUAACCAUUAGGACAACUUGCUACUAUAUAAGACACUGUGUGUAACUCAUAAGCACCUUAACACAGACUGUGGUACUGCGUUCGUGGUGUUGGAUGGAAAGGGUAAAUAUGACUGUGGGUUUUAAGUGGUCCUUACUACUUAUGCUUCAUGUGCUGUAAAGAAAACAUGCAAAAUAAUUGAAUUUUAUGGAUUUUUUUUCAAAAAGAUUUUAAAAAGGUUGUAAAUUUUGAGAUAUGUUGUAAUAUUGUCCUGAAAAUUGUAAUAAAAAGUAUAUUGUUAAA